AUGUCAACCCUUGGUGGAAUGCCAUCUUCGGAUGACUCGCGAGACGACAAUAUCAGAGGCGAGCCCGAGAUAAGCGGUCAAUAUGAAACAGAUACGGCAUCGACUCGAACCAAAUUGGAUGGACGGGAUGACAGCGAGAAAAUGGGCGAUAUGGAAGAGGAGGUUGAGCAGAUGGUGCGGCAGCUCACCCGUCAUUCUACCCGAUUCUCCGCAACUGGUGCGAACAAUCCUUUCUUCGAGGAGAACAAAGAGUCAACAUGGCACCCCGAUAGUCCAUUUUUCAAGACGAAGGAUUGGAUCAGAUCCCUUCUCGCCGCGCAGUCGCGCGAUCCAGAACGGUUUCGUCAGCGUAAUGCUGGUGUAGCCUUCAAAGACCUCCAUGUUCACGGUUUUGGCAGUCCAACUGAUUACCAGAAGGAUGUGUUCAACUCGAUCCUAGGUAUUGGUGGUCUUGUGCGACAGGUGGUUGGCAGUGGUCUUCAAAAGGUUCAAAUAUUGAAUAACUUCAACGGAAUGGUUAGAAGCGGUGAAAUGCUCCUGGUUUUAGGCCGUCCGGGAAGUGGCUGCUCAACACUUCUCAAGACAAUUGCCGGUGAAAUGAAUGGAAUAUAUGUCCACGAAGACAGUUAUAUGAACUAUCAAGGUAUAUCCUCCAAGGACAUGCAAAGUAGAUUCCGCGGAGAGGCUAUCUUUAGCGCUGAAAACGAUGUCCAUUUCCCACAGCUUACAGUUGGGGAUACGUUGACAUUCGCUGCUCAGGCGCGAGCGCCCCGCACACGGUUUCCUGGAUUGAGUCGCAAGGAGUAUGCAAACCAUGUUCGCGAUGUCGUGAUGACAAUGCUGGGAUUGCGGCACACUUUCAAUACACGGGUAGGCAAUGACUUCGUUCGAGGUGUUAGUGGCGGGGAGCGCAAACGAGUGAGCAUUGCAGAGGCAAUUCUCAGUGGUGCGCCUCUGCAGUGCUGGGAUAACAGCACCCGCGGACUCGACAGUGCCAAUGCAUUGGAAUUCUGCAAGAAUCUGCAAUUAAUGAGCAAAUAUGCUGGCACAACUGCAUGUGUUGCGAUUUAUCAAGCCUCUCAGAAUGCAUACGAUGUAUUUGAUAAAGUUGUUGUACUAUAUGAAGGUCAUCAGAUCUACUUUGGCCCGACUAACGAGGCGCGCCAAUUCUUUACUGACAUGGGCUUUGAUUGCCCGCAGCGCCAAACCACGGCCGAUUUUCUUACUUCCCUGACCAGUCCCAGUGAAAGAAGGGUGAAGUCUGGGUUUGAAGACAAAGUGCCCCGAACCCCAAUGGAGUUUGCAGCGCGGUGGCGGAGCAGCCCAGAAUUUGGUAGACUCUUGCAGGAGAUUGAAGCUUUCGACCAAGAGUAUCCCAUCGGAGGAAAUUCCUAUACUGAGUUUGGGGAGGCGCGUCGAUUGAUGCAGUCAAAGCAACAGCGUGCCGAAUCUCCAUAUACACUCUCUGUGAUUGAGCAAGUGAACCUGUGUCUAGUACGCGGUUUUCAGCGCCUCAAAGGAGAUGCCAGCUUGACAACUACUGCUAUCUUCGGUAACUUUUUCAUCUCGCUAAUUCUAGGGAGCGUGUUUUAUGACAUGCCCUCUGAUACGUCCAGUUUCUAUUCUCGUGGUGUCCUUCUAUUCUAUGCAGUGUUGAUGAGUGCGUUUAGUAGUGCACUCGAGAUCUUGACGCUUUACGCUCAACGUCCUAUUGUGGAAAAGCAAGCUCGAUAUGCGUUUUAUCAUCCAUUCGCAGAGGCCAUCGCAUCCAUGCUCUGCGACCUGCCGUAUAAAAUAACCAAUUCGGUGACAUUCAACCUACCUCUCUAUUUCCUGUCUCACUUACGCCGAGAGCCAGGGCCAUUUUUCAUCUUUUGGCUUUUCUCUAUAGUAACGACAUUGACUAUGUCAAUGAUUUUUCGUUCUAUUGGUGCCGGGUCAAGAUCAUUAGCUCAAGCCCUCGUGCCGGCGGCGAUAUUGAUCCUAGGUCUGGUUAUUUACACUGGCUUUAUCAUCCCAACUCGUGAUAUGCUGGGCUGGUCAAGAUGGAUGAAUUAUAUCGAUCCCAUUGCAUAUGCUUUUGAAAGCCUCAUGGUCAAUGAGUUCGAUGGUCGAGAUUUUCCCUGUCUUUCGUUCAUUCCCUCGGGCCAGGGCUACGAAGAUGUUGAUCCCACCCAUCAAACCUGCAGUGCGGUAUCCUCUUCCCCAGGAUUGCGGAGCAUUAGUGGAACUUCUUAUGUUGAAACAACAUACCAAUACACUCGCUCCCAUUUAUGGCGGAACCUAGCAAUCAUGAUCGGGUUCAUGGUUUUCUUUAUGUUCGUUUAUCUUCUUGCCACGGAGCUUGUUUCCGAAGCUAUGUCAAAAGGGGAAGUCCUUAUAUUUCGACGAGGUCAUCAGCCGAAGAAUACUCAAGACAGCGAGACUCCAUUAGAUACCGGCUACAAGGAAGAUAGUCCGAAGGAAGGUUCUGCUAAUAUACAGCGUCAAACUGCGAUAUUCCAAUGGCAGGAUCUGUGCUAUGAUAUCAAGAUAAAAGGGGAGCCACGCCGAAUUUUGGAUCAUGUAAAUGGAUGGGUCAAACCUGGCACAGCUACAGCAUUGAUGGGCGUCUCUGGUGCUGGAAAGACAACACUGCUCGACGUGCUCGCCACGAGAGUAACAAUGGGUGUUGUCUCCGGCGAGGUUCUAGUUGAUGGCCAAGCACGCGAUGACUCGUUCCAGCGCAAAACCGGCUACGUUCAACAACAAGAUGCCCAUCUGCAAACUUCGACUGUACGUGAAGCGCUUCAGUUUAGUGCUCUGCUCAGACAACCAGCACACGUCAGUCGACAAGAGAAAUUGGACUAUGUAGAAGAAGUGCUUGACCUACUUGGUAUGCAGACUUACGCAGAUGCUAUAGUUGGUGUUCCAGGAGAGGGCCUCAAUGUUGAGCAACGGAAGCGCUUGACCAUCGGGGUUGAACUGGCUGCCAAGCCGCAACUACUGCUGUUUCUCGAUGAACCAACUUCCGGGCUGGAUAGUCAGACCUCAUGGUCAAUUCUAGACCUCAUCGAGACACUCACGAAGCAUGGCCAGGCCAUUUUGUGCACAAUUCAUCAACCAUCUGCAAUGUUAUUUCAAAGGUUCAAUCGCCUCCUAUUCCUUGCCAAAGGAGGAAGAACCGUCUACUUUGGGGAAAUUGGCGAAAACUCUUCAACGCUCGCGAAUUACUUCAUAAAAAACGGAGGGCAUCAGCUUUCAGCAGGCGAAAAUCCUGCGGAAUGGAUGCUUGAUGUUAUUGGAGCGGCUCCGGGUUCCCACAGUGACAUCGACUGGCCAGAAGUUUGGAAUAACAGUCCUGAGAAGCAAGCCGUGUGUAACCACCUGGCGGAACUGAAGUCGACCUUAUCUCAGCGUCCUAAGGAAUCGGGCUCUCAAGAUGAUUACCGCGAGUUUGCCGCACCAACCUCGGUCCAAUUAAAGGAAUGCCUUUCUCGGGUUUUCUCGCAGUACUGGCGGACUCCGUCAUACAUAUACUCCAAGCUCGUGUUGUCUAUCUUGACUGCGUUGUAUAAUGGCUUCUCCUUCUUCAAAGCCAAGAAUACGCAGCAAGGUUUACAGAACCAGAUGUUCAGUAUAUUCAUGCUGAUGACUAUUUUCGGGAAUUUGUGUCAGCAACUCAUGCCCAAUUUUUUGAUACAAAGAAGUAUCUAUGAGGUGCGCGAACGUCCGUCAAAAAUGUACUCCUGGCGUGUUUUCAUGGCCGCCAAUAUUCUGGUGGAAUUACCGUGGAACCUGCUGGUAGCUAUCUUGAUGUUCGUCUGUUGGUACUAUCCUGUUGGUUUGUAUCAGAAUGCCGAGCCAACAAAUGCAGUACACGAGCGAGGAGCACUCAUGUUCUUGUUCAUGCUUACUUUCCUGUGGUUUACAUCCACUUUCGCGCACAUGAUCAUUGCCGGUGUUGAGAAUGCAGAGACAGGAGGCAACAUCGCCAACCUCAUCUUUGUGCUUUUGCUUUUGUUCUGCGGUGUUGUCGCUACUCCGGAAGCCAUGCCUGGGUUUUGGAUCUUCAUGUAUCGCUUAUCUCCGUUUACUUACCUCGUGUCAGGCAUGUUAAGCACUGCGGUCAGUGGAACCGAAGUGACAUGCGACUCGAUCGAGACUUUGAAGGUCAAUCCACCCCCGAAUCAAACAUGCUCAGAAUAUCUCGGAGCAUUCGCGGCGGCAAGUGGAGGACGCGUUCAGAACCCAGAUGCAACAAGUCAGUGCGCAUACUGUGCCAUGUCAGGGACAGAUACCUUCCUGGCGUCUGUGAGCAGCUAUUGGAGUGAUGCGUGGCGAAACUUCGGCUUGAUGUGGGUGUACAUUGCCUUCAAUAUCGUGGCUGCCAUUGGCGUAUACUGGCUGGCGCGGGUGCCUAAGGGGAGUAAGACGAAGGGCAGCACUUGA